AUGUUGUCCUCUCACUCUGCUCCCCGUGGUGUUCUCACCGUUACUAUUAUCGAAGCCCGUAACCUCAAGAAGGAAGAUCUUGGUGGCCACAAUGACUCCUAUGUCGAACUCUGGUUAGACGAAGACUACAAGCAAAGAAGUGAAACUGUCCAAAACACCGAAAACCCUGUCUGGAACCAAACUUUCACUUUCAACAUUGAAGAAGGUUCCUCCAAGCACAAGCUCUACAUCAAGGUUCUUGAUAAGGAUCUCGUUGACGCUGACAAGAUUGGCAGCACCCAUCUUGAUGUUGCUCCCGCCUUCAAGGGUGAAGUUCUCGAUACCUGGGUUAAACUUCCCGCCAUGUUGGGUCUUAGCAGCCAUGGUGAAGUUCACAUUGCUGCUGAAUUCACUCCCCAAUAA